ACAGGAGAUGUUUCUGCUUAUGAUUCCAUGUUUAAAAGACCAGAGGGUUACAACAAAAAUCUUCACCGAUGUGACAGAGAACACGCAAAGAGUCGUGGUCUUAACAUUAAUGAGGAGGAAAUGGCAAGACCUGUCGCUGUUUUGUCAUCUUCAGAGUAUGGGAGACGCAUAAAUAAGCCCGUAGAGCAGCCAAUCCGAGACCAUGGAAGGAUUAAUCACGUGCAGGCAGAAUUCUACAGGAAAAAUGGCAUCACCUGCUUAUUAGAAAAACCUUCUCCAAGCCUGGAUCCAUGCUAA